GCUGCUCUCGCAGCCCCCACAAGCAGGGCACGGGACAGCGGGCAGUGGAGGCCCCCGGCGAGGGGGAGAGGCGAGGGGGCUGUGUGGGGGCAGGGGCGCUGGCCAUGCCCGCCCUGACCACAGCCCCUCAGGGGCGGCCCCGCCUGCUGUGGGCCAGGGGCUUCGCACGGACCCAGGUCAGGGUCCAUGGGUGCUGAACAGGGCCUACCCGGUGCCUUCGCAGAGACAGAGACACAGCACCCCCGGGCUGCUAAGGCUCAGACCAUGAACUACGUGGGGCAGCUGGCCGGCCAGGUGUUCGUGACGGUGAAGGAGCUCUACAAGGGACUGAACCCCGCCACCCUGUCGGGGUGUAUUGACAUCAUCGUCAUCCGCCAGCCCAACGGGACCCUGCAGUGCUCUCCGUUCCACGUCCGCUUUGGGAAGAUGGGCGUGCUGCGCUCCCGGGAGAAAGUGGUUGACAUAGAAAUCAAUGGGGAAUCUGUGGACUUGCACAUGAAACUGGGGGACAACGGAGAAGCGUUUUUUGUGCAAGAGGCGGAUAACGAUCAGGAGGUGAUCCCCACGUACCUGGCCACGUCCCCCAUCCUGUCAGAGGGCGCCUCGCGCAUGGAGUGCCAGCUGAGGAGGAACGCGGCGGACAGGACCAGGGGCCUGGACCCCAGCACCCCUGCCCCGGCCCUGCCCCCCAGCGAGGCCCCCUCCGGCAGCUCGCUGGCGAAGAAGAGGAGGAAGCGCAGGAGGAAGUCCCAGCUGGACAGCUUGAAAAGAGAUGACGCCACCAACACGUCCGAGGACGAGGACAUGUUCCCCAUGGAGAUGAGCUCGGACGAGGACGCGGGGCUGCCCGACGGCAACAGAGCGCUGUCUAGUGACGCACCUCCGUUCCAAGAUGAACUUCCUAAGGAAAACCUCCCUUCAAUCUCGCUGUACCUGCAGUCGGCACCGUACCCCAGUUCAGACAGAGAGUGGUCCCCCUGCCCCAGCCGAGCAGACUGCCAGAGGGCGCCCCCUCAGCCCGAGCCUGCCGCGGAGGGGGGCCUGUCCAGCUCCUGCCCGCCACAGUCUUCCUACCUGCAUGCUUCCGAAAGCCCUGCAGGCUCGCGGCCCUCCACCCCGAAGAGUGACUCCGAGCUGGUGAGCAAGGGCAGCGACCGCGCGGCGCCCAGGAGCAACCUGGAGAUGCUGUGGUUGUGGGGAGAGCUGCCGCAGGCCGCCAAGUCCUCUCCGCACAAGAUGAAAGAACCUAGCCCACUGAGCAGUAGAAAGAUAAGUGACAAAACCCACUUCCAGGCCAUCCACAGCGAAUCCUCAGAUACCUUCAGCGACCAGUCGCCGACACUGGCUGGGGCGCUGCUCACAGAUCUGAGUCGGCCGCAGCCAGAGAUGCAGCUGGUGACUGAGGAGGACCUCGAGGCCCUGGGAGCAGCUGCCCCACCUGUGCCAGUGACCGAGGAGCCCAAACCCCCAGCUACCAGCGUGGCACAGCCGGUGAGCAAGACGGACUCUCCCCGGAGGAAAGAUAAGCGGAGCAGACAUCUCGGCGCCGAUGGCGUCUACCUGGACGAACUCACAGACAUGGACCCUGAAGUGGCAGCCCUGUACUUCCCCAAAAACGGAGACCCUUGCGGGCUCCCCAAGCACACCAGCGACCUCGGGCCCCGCUCGGCCAACCAGUCCCCGCAGUCGGUGGGCAGCUCGGGCGCGGACAGCGGCGUGGAGAGCACGUCGGACGGCCUGCGGGACCUGCCGUCCAUUGCCAUCUCCCUGUGCGGCGGCCUCAGUGACCACCGCGAGGUUACCACCGAUGCAUUUCUAGAGCAAGCCGUGUCGUACCAACAGUUUGUGGACAACCCUGGUAUCAUCGAUGACCCUAACCUUGUGGUGAAGAUCGGGAAUAAGUAUUACAACUGGACGACUGCGGCCCCUCUGCUCCUAGCCAUGCAGGCCUUCCAGAAACCUCUGCCCAAGGCCACUGUGGAAUCUAUCAUGAGGGAUAAGAUGCCUAAAAAGGGAGGAAGAUGGUGGUUUUCGUGGCGGGGAAGGAACACCACGAUCAAAGAGGAGAGCAAGCCGGAGCAGUGCCUGGCCGGGAAAGGCCACAGUACCGGGGAGCAGCCGCCACAGCUGGGCAUGGCCACCAGGAUAAAGCACGAGUCGUCUUCCAGUGACGAGGAGCACGCGGCCGCCAAGCCGACCCCCGCCGGCCACCUGCCGCUCCUGACCAGCGUCAGCUACAAGAAGACGCUGCGGCUCACGUCGGAGCAGCUGAAAAGUUUAAAGUUGAAGAACGGCCCCAACGACGUGGUCUUCAGCGUGACCACACAGUACCAGGGCACCUGCCGCUGCGAGGGCACCAUCUACCUGUGGGACUGGGACGACAAGGUCAUCAUUUCCGAUAUUGACGGGACCAUCACGAGAUCGGACACCCUCGGCCACAUCCUGCCCACGCUUGGGAAGGACUGGACUCACCAGGGCAUCGCUAAACUCUACCACAAAGUGAGCCAGAAUGGGUACAAGUUCCUGUACUGCUCGGCGCGGGCCAUCGGCAUGGCCGACAUGACGCGGGGCUACCUGCACUGGGUCAACGAGCGCGGCACUGUGCUGCCGCAGGGGCCGCUCCUGCUCAGCCCCAGCAGCCUCUUCUCCGCUCUGCACAGAGAAGUGAUUGAGAAGAAGCCAGAAAAGUUUAAAGUGCAGUGUUUGACGGACAUCAAGAACCUGUUUUUCCCAAACACGGAACCCUUUUACGCCGCUUUUGGGAACCGCCCAGCUGACGUGUACUCCUACAAGCAAGUGGGCGUCUCUCUGAACAGGAUCUUCACCGUCAACCCCAAGGGAGAGCUGGUGCAGGAGCAUGCCAAGACCAACAUCUCAUCGUACGUGCGGCUCUGCGAGGUGGUGGACCACGUCUUCCCGCUGCUGAAACGGAGCCACUCUUCCGACUUCCCCUGCUCGGACACCUUCAGUCACUUCACCUUCUGGAGAGAGCCACCGCCGCCCUUUGAAAACCAGGGCGUCCACUCCGCCUCAGCGUGACGGGCACCAGGCAGCCCCUUGCAACAGCCUGGGAGCCUGGUGUCCCCGGGACAGACCCAGUGUCGGGAGCCUGCUGUGCCAGCCUGGGUUUAGAGACCGGGAAGCACUUGUGCCCCGCCUCGCCCUGCACCCUGCAACCUGCGCCCUGCGCCCUGCGCCAGGAGAUGCUCUUAAAUGCAAAGUGAUAGACGUGACAGUGUAUUUGCCGGUCUCGUGCAAGGCUGUGCCCCAGGGAUUGGUUCUUGAUGUGCAAUAGGGGUGUCCUGGGGCUGUCCCCAGGGGAGACAGUGCCCCUGUGGAAUCCCGGCAUGCCCAGAGUGUGUAGGCCAGCACUUCUGUGCUGGCGAGGCUCUGCCACCUGGGCACAGCAGGCAUGGCGGGUAGGUGAGGUCUCUGUGGCAUGUGGGUUGCCGUGGGCCACCGUGGGCCGGAGCUGUGGCCCCGGCUUUCAAGCUUCUCCGCAGUUGCUUGCUAGUCUCUUAGAUGAGGCGAUCUUCCCUUCCUUGGGUAAAGACAGCCUUGCCAUUCGCUUAUCCCUGCCCUCUGCUGCACGCAAGGCCAGAAUAUUUUGCCUUAAUACACCUGGGGGCAUGGGAGGUAGGACUAGCCCAGUCCAGCUCGCAGUGACUUCGCAACGCCUUAAACCAAACCACAGUGAGCAGGAGCAAGGGGCGUUUGGAAGUCAGCUCAGCGCUGAUCUGAAGGCGCUGCAGGUAGCAGGAGCUUGAGCAGUACUGGUGGCCAAACCCUGACGACCUCAGUUUUUUUGGGAAGUCUUGAGAGAGACAGAGACGGGGUGGUUUCCAGACAGUCGUUUGGAGAAGUUGAGCUGUAUUCUCCGCGGAUAUUAUUUGUUGCUUUACUCUGAUUGGGUUCCUGUUGAAAGCCUUCCAGCCACAGGCUUUUGGGGACAAAUGUCACAAAUACAUUAAAAGAUGCGUGUGUUAGACCAGUAAGGCGCUCCACCUGCGUGUCUCACACACGCACCCCUUCUGGAAGUACAGAGAAGUUGUUUUUCUUAGCUUUCCUUUCGCACUCAAGUCAAGGGCGGGGGAGAAGGUAGUAUGGGGAGUGGCAUUCUUUAAGCCAGUAGCAGAAGGUUUCUUUAUUUGUUUCUUAAGCUGGCUCACGGAGAGUACAAUGUGAAAAGCUGAAUUAUUUUGCUAAAAGAUUUCACUUUUGUUUUUGAAGUAUUAUUUUUUUAAAGAGUGUGUUUUACUCCAUUGAUAAACUGUUUCCUAUUUAAAUCACAUUGUUAGGUUCUCAGGAGGCAAAAGAACAAACAAAACAGUUGAGAGAAACGUUACUCUUUCUGUGAAAGAAAACCCAGAGUCCUGGCGGCACAGUCUGGUGGGCGUUGGUGGCCGUGUGGGGGACAGAUGGCUUUGUGGACACACACAGGAGGCGAAAAUCAACUGUCACGAGUAGCGGAUUGGUGCCGAGUCGCGGGUGUGUGCAUGCUCAUUGCGCUUGGGAGAUGUCAGCAGCAAUUCAGAAGAGUCCAGCCUCGUCCAGUUCCUCUGGGCUGGCCGCUCACCCGCACAGGCGGUGGCUGACACGCUUGUGCCCUGCGGUUGGGGAUCAAAUCACACGGCUGAGAGUCACCAUUUACCUGUCGGGCAAAUCUGUAGCACGGUUCGCCCCCUUCCAGCCUCCGUGGCCCACUCUGUGCCCGAGCCCUGUGUCCAUCCCUGUCACGCCCACUCCCACCUCACCCACACCGGACCGGUACGCUGUCGAGCUCAUUGUGCACUGACCGGGCUGAGACGCCAGAUGAGGUUUGCGUGUGGCCGCCCCAGGGCUGAGGGGAGUUGUUUUCUCUGUGUCCUCGGGGGUUCCCCAUGGUCACGGGCUGGAUGAACUGUAUCCACACAUUUCAAAGUGGCCCCCACAAAACCAUCACCCCAGAGGUCUUCAGAUGCUGGGCCCCCACGAUGAAGAAAAUGCACCGGGAAACGAGCAAAAGGAUUCCAUCUCCAAGGAGAGUUCCCCUCUGAGUUUGAGGUUCGGAUCGCCACUUUAAAUGUAUUUACUGACACCUACGUUUGUGUAUGCUGGCACCGUGGUGAAAAUCCUGUACUCCUUCAUUGGGUUGUGCUGGAUACAAAGCUAGAAAAUAGUGUAAUAAAUGAGAGGGGUGAAAGACUUCCUUGAAAAUCA